CUCUGUUGGCAGUCAAAUUCACAGUUUUUUUCUCUCUCUCCCAUGCAAGAAACGCUGUAAUUCAUCCCACUCAUCAUCCCAUCCACCUCUCUCUCUCUCUCUCUCUCUCUCUCUCUCUCUCUCUCUCUCUCACACACACACACACACACACAGACACACAAAUUUUCUUGGGGUUGUGGGAUGUGUCAGGUUGAAUGGAAUUUUUUGGCCUUUUCUUAUCAUAAUAGAUACCCUCUCUCUCUCCUCUCUCUCUCUCUCUCUCUUCUCUCUCUAGAUCUCUCUCUCAGUUUUCCAUGACUUUGGGUCGGAGGGUUAUUAGUGAGUAGAAUAAUUAGUAGUUUCAGAUAUAUGAACUUUUAGCUUUCAAGAUUUUCCAUGAUUUUAAGCUAAAGUGAAAUACAUGAAUGAUGGUGAUUACUGAUGCAACUUCACCUCACUUGCUUUCUCCCAUAAUUCAUGAUCUUUUCAAUUCGCAAAACACACACCACCACACACACACACAUAUACAUACAUACUCACACAUGGUUAAUUAUUUUAUUUCCCUGAACUAGACUCCAUAUUGACCAUUUACCUUUGCUUUGAACACCACCAUUUUUGAUGAUAUAAAGAUUCAAAUUUUACAUAUAUUAUAAAGAAAGAAAACCCCCUUUUUUUCUUCAUCUCUCUCUCUCUCUCCAGUUGUCACUGUAUACUCCCCACUCCUUCCAAAACCCCAAAAAAAAAGAGAAAAAAACACAUCCACACGCACACUGUCUCUGUCUGAAAUUCACUGCGGUCGAGAUUAACAUAUUGUUUGGUUGCAUGGAUCUGACUGUAGCUAAUCGAGGUGGCAAUAUUAAUAAUAAUAAUGUAUCGAGGGAGUACAGAAAGGGUAACUGGAACAUUCAAGAAACAAUGGUCCUGAUUGAAGCUAAGAGAAUGGACGAUGACCGACGAAUGAAGCGGCUCGGCGAUACGGCUGAGAGGGGUAAGCCGGCUGAGCUGAGAUGGAAAUGGGUUGAGGAUUAUUGCUGGAAGAAUGAUUGUUUGAGAAGCCAAAAUCAGUGCAAUGAUAAGUGGGAUAAUCUGAUGAGGGAUUUCAAGAAAGUUAGGGAUUACGAGCGGAGAGUGGCGGAGCGAGGUUUUGCCGAUAGUAAAUCUUAUUGGAGGAUCGAAAAGAAUGAGAGGAAGGACAACAAUUUGCCUUCCAAUAUGUUGCCCCAGAUAUACGACGCCCUGGUCGCCGUCGUCGAGAGGAAAGAUCAUAGGGUCGUGGUGGCGGCGCCGCCGCCGCCGCCGCCGCCGGUUGGUGGUGGUUCCAACUCAAAUAUUGCGCCGCCCCCUGCAGGUAAUGUUGUGGGGAAAUCUACUAUUGUUUAUGCUCCAAUGCCGCCGCUGCCGCCUCCGGUACAGCAGCAGUAUCCUAAUAUUGUUCAGGCUCGGCCGGUGCUGCUACCGUUGCCUCCGCCGCCGCCCAUUGCUACUAUUCCCUCUUCUCAGCCCAUGCCCACAUCAGAUUCGGAUACUAGUGAGUACUCAGACUCACCGGCGAAGAGGAGAAGAAAGAGAAGAGGCGGCGGAGAGGAAGGAACAAGCGGCGGCGGCGGCGGAGAUACGGCGGCGUUGCAGGAAGUAGGGAGUGCAAUAACAAAGAGCGCGUCGAUGAUAGCGGAAGCGAUACAGUCGUGCGAGGAGAGAGAAGAGAGAAGGCACAGACAAGUGUUGAGGGUGCAUGAGAGAAGACUGCAGAUCGAAGAGUCAAAGGCUGAGAUCAAUAAACAAGGUAUUAAUGGCCUUGUCGACGCCAUUAACAAGCUCGCUACUUCAAUCCUUGCUUUGGCUGCCACCAACAAAAACAACCAACCACCACCACCACCCUCUUCUUCCAAAUAGUACUACCACCACCCCUACCUAAUAAUAAUAUCAAUUAGUAAAUACAUAUAUAUAAUUAUAUCUAUUAUAAAUUAAAACUCUUGAUUAUUUAGUUAAAUUAUAAUAUAAUUUAACCAUUGCUAUAUUAAUUAAUUAAUUAAUUACUUCUAUAAUAUUUAUAUAUUUUUAUUGGCACAAUCGAUGUGCAUUGUAAAGACUACUCUCGAUCGAUCUCAACUAUCCGAAUUAUUUGAGUUGUUGACGAUCUAUUAGAUGCUACAUCUAAUUAUAUAUAUAAUAGUCGGAGUAGUAUUUGGUGUU